GAGCAAAGCAAAGUUUGCGACCUUAUUCACGUAAUCAUGUUCAAAAUACUGACUUUGAUAUUACUUAUCGUUAAAAUUGCAUGUAUGAUUGCACAGGACUGCUCUCCCAGGAUUUAUAGUGUCAUUAGGACAGGAGGUUCGACUUUACCUCCAGAUGAAAUCAUAUCAAAUCAUACCGUCAACUCAGGGAUUGUUCCGAUAGAAUGUUACGAACUCUGCCAAAAGCAACCGAAAUGUGUUGGAUUCAACUACAGAGACACGACCAAUGUUGUGAACUGUCAACUGACCAACAUCACAAAAAAGAGAGCCGACCACAACCUAAUAAUUGGAAAAUGGCUUCUAAUGCUCGAUGAGGAAGCGGCGAAGAAUGAUAAGGAAGAGAGGCGGAAAAAUGACAUGGAUUCAGCUACCAGCUGCGCCCAGCAUUAUAAUCUGGGGGCGAGAAAAAAUGGUGUUUAUACCAUUCAUCCUGAUGGUCUGGGGUCGUUCCAAGUCUUGUGUGAUAUGAGCAUAGACGGGGGUGGGUGGACCGUGUUUCAAAGAAGACAAAAUGGAAGCCAGAAUUUCUACCUUGGAUGGUCAGACUAUAAAGCAGGCUUUGGUAAUUUGACUUGCGAGUUCUGGUUGGGCCUUGAUAAAAUACAUCGUUUGUCCAAAUCUAAGCAAAAUAUUCUAAGAGUCGAUUUGAUGGAUUUCAAUAACACUGAACGUUACGCUAAGUAUGGAACGUUUAGUGUGGCUGAUGAAUCAGAUAAAUACAGAUUGACUAUCGACAAGUAUUCAGGUGACGCAGGGGAUUCUCUUGCUUAUCACAAUCAAAUGCAGUUCACUACCAAGGAUAGCGACAAUGAUAUUUGGGAGAAUAAAAAUUGUGCCACAAGGCGCAAAGGAGCUUGGUGGUAUACAAGUUGUCUUACUUCCAACCUUAAUGGCCUGUAUCUGGCUGCAGGUCAGAAUAGUUCCACCGGAAUAAGAUGGAACAAGUGGCAUACUUAUUCGAUGAGAAAGACUGAGAUGAAAAUUCGUCCAAGCCACAAUUGAGAGACGAACAUUCACUUGUUGUUUCCGUGACGAAAUUAUAAUGGUAUAGAAAGAGCGUAUUUGAAUGUUUUGACCUUAUUUUACGACUAAAAGUUGAAAACGAAAUUUUAAAUGAGCUGAGGAAGGCAAAGUAAAGUCUGUGACAUUGUAGAUUUGAACGUCAAUAUGAAAAAAUGACUGAUAUUAGUAAACUUUAUAUAAUAGGAGGUGACCAUAUAUUGGAUUUGAUUAUUAUUUGUCUCAAUUUGUUGA